CGUAAAACGGUGCAUUGUGAGAAAAUUGGCAUCAUAAUUACAGCAAAAUAAACAUCAGAGAAGAUGGCAUGUGUUUUUAGACUUCGCCUAUUUCCUGGUAAAAUAGGUUAUCGUUUUACUUAUUUUCAUAACACAUAUGUGUGUAAUCAAUAUACCAGUGCCAGGGAAUUAUGUCUGUCUGCAUGUCAUGGUAAAACGCGAUCAGAAAAUUCAGUUUCAAAAACCGACUAUCCAUCAGAUAAUGACCUUGAUAAUGAUUUCUUUGGUUUAAAUGCCUUGGAUAGAAAAGAUCCAAAACCCCACAAGUCAAUAACAAAAGAGGAAAAAAUAGAGGAGAUGUAUGUUAAGAAAAUGUUGCAUCAAAGCAAUGCUGCUAAUGAUGACAUAAAUAUAAAAAUGAGAAGUUAUGGUAGUAUUCGCUAUGACAACGCAAUUCCUAUUUCAGAGAAACCGCCAAAGCUAACAAGGAAACAGAAGCGUUUGAAAUCAGGAACUAUGACAGGUGAAAGUGAUACAUAUAAGAUAUCGUCUGCAUUGCAUAAUGAAAAUAAGGGAAAUAAGAUGUACAAUGACAAGUUUAGUGUAAAUAAAGAAAACUUUAAUGAUGUUAAAAAGUUUACAAACACCGAGAUUGCACAGAAUAUGUGUAAAAGUAAAGAAGAUUUAUCUUUUGUUGAUGAACAGUACUUUGCUUCUGAUUAUGUUCCCAAAAUCAACUCUUCUGAAUAUGAUAGGAAAACUUUGAGUAAAACUGAAAACUUUAUUGAUGUAAGUAAAUGCACCAAGUCAGAGAAUGCAGAAAAUUUGUAUGAGAACGCAAGUGAUUUAUCUUUUGUUGAUAGGCAGUUCUUCCUUAUUGAUCAUGACUACAAAAAGAAAGCUGAAAGGAAUACUGUAGAUGGAAUUGAAAAUUCUUGCGAAAGUGAUAACCUUACAAUGAAUGAGAGUGCAGAAAAUUUAUUGACCAAUGAAGAAGAAUUGAACUUUUUUGAUGAGCAGUAUUUUGAUAACAAACAUGUUUCCAAAGAUGUGGUGCCUCGUGAAUACAAAUUACAAAAGAGUUUUGAUCAAGUUUCAGGACAUAGGAAUGUAAAGAAAAACCAACCCAAAUCAGUUGAGACAUUUGACUUAGCAAAAUUUGAAAAGACUUUGAAAGAAACGGCAGAUUCAGUUGAACCAUAUUCUAAACCAGUGAAGAGUAUAGAAGAGCCUAAAAAGAAGUCGGACAUUAAUAAUUCUCAAAAUUUAAUGAAUGAGAAUCAGUCUUCAGAAGAGAAUCAGUCAGUGUAUGCAGCAAGUAUAAAGAUUAGGAAAGAGUUAGAAAAGAAAAGAGGCAGUAAUCUUACAGGGACAUACGAUCCAAAAGAGUAUGAUAGCAAGGGCUUUCGGAUCCUUACAAAUCAAGUUCCCCAUUUUGAUAAUGCACCAUCUAUUGAUGUAGUGAAAGUGUUGAGAAGAAGCAUCAUAUAUGAUGAUAAUGACAUAGUUGCUAUAAGUAAACCUUAUGGGUUACCGUCUGUUGAUGGACCAAAUGUGCUCCAUAGUGUUGGAAAUUUACUUGAUGAAAUCAUACCCAACACAAAACUUUUUCGAGUACAUAGACUUGAUAAAGAAACAACUGGUGUAAUGUUGUUAGCUAAAACAGAAGAAAUGGCAAAACGCCUUAGUGAACGCUUUUACAAUAGAGAUUUAGUUAAGAAGUAUGUAGUGAUAACUAAGAAUAUCCCUGAAAUGCAAUGUGGUGAAAUUGAUAUUCCAAUUAUUGAAGGAACUGUCGAAGGAAAAAUAAGGAUGUGCCUUAGACCCCAUGACUGUCCAACUGUCAGAGCUAUAGAUAAGAAAAGACAGGCGGGCAUAGAGGCUAUUACAAAGUAUAGAGUUCUUGAUCAAGGAGAUAAGUGUGCUUUAAUAGAAUGUUUGCCACUGACUGGUAAAAAACAUCAAAUAAGAGUCCACCUAGCUUUUGGGUUGAAUUGUCCAAUACUUGGGGAUCAUAAAUACUCUCAUAUUGACAGAAUUGCUCCCAUGAAACUUCACCCAGAAAUCCUGAAAAGACUUGGUAUUCAGCAAAGCAAAGUGAGGUGUUUGGCCAUGCAUUUGCAUGCUAGGUCAGUCAUGAUUCCAGAAUUUUUAGAUGGCAAAAAUCUGUUUAUAAAAGCACCUGUUCCUCCUCAUUUUGUUCGAAAUAUGAAAGAUUUAAAAUUGAAAUUUCCAAAAGAAAGGUACAUGUAGUGUCUGAAAGUGUGAGCAUAUGAAAUAUUAUAAUUAACAUAUUUAUUCUGUUGCUGAUUGAACUUUGAAUUUGUUAAAAAACUUAGCUGAUGAUAUGACAUGUAAAAUGAGAUAUUUUUUUGAGCUGAAUAAAGAAAAAUUGAAUUUUUAAAUUUAAUGUUUCGUUGAAUGUGAAAGAAUUAAAAAAAAAUAGUAUUCCUGUAUAUGCUUAGAUAUUUAUCAGGACUUUUUUCAUAAGUAGGGGAAGGGGCCUUUCCCUUAAAAUUUGGGGGAGGGGGGUUAAUAACAGUAUUUUGAAAAAUGGGGAGAAAAUUCUUGAUUUUAAUUUAAUUAUAGGGAAGGUCUGCGAAAUUCCUUUGGAAAUGGCAUUGGUAUAGAAAUAAAAAAAGCCCUGUUUUUUAGUGAGUAGAAAAUUUAAAAUAAAAAUAAAGUACAUAAAAAGCUCUUGAUUUUUUUCUUGUAUAAAAAUAGAGUCUCAGUCUGUCAGUCAUAUAAGUAUCAUUAUGUUACAUGCUAAGCAAAUAGCAGUAUAAAUUUUAUAAUGAUAAUAUUAAUACAAUAAACAUGUAUCAUUAAAUUGGGUUGAGACAAGUUCUUGCUGAAUUAUAAAUUUUUGAUUGGCUGAUCUAUCACAAAGGUGAAUGAAGUCACAACUAGGAUAGACUAUGUGUAUAACAUACUGUGUGCAAAAGAUUUUGACAUUUUCAAAUGCUUUACUGGAAUCUUAAACCUUUGCUUUUGAGUUAAAUUUUGCAAAUCAACAUUUUCAAUUGAAUUGCAUUCUGGUUCAUAAAAGUGGGUUCUGUUACCCGGAAAGCAUGCUUUAUUAUAAUAAAUGUCAAACUUUUGACAUUUGGCAAGGGUAUGCUAUGGGAUAUUUUUGUUUGUUUUGUUUUAUAUUUUUAAAACUGUCAAGAGGCAAGGAUGUGAUUGAUAGUUUUUAAUGUGGUUUUAUAAAUUGUCUGAGUUUUAAAGUGCUCCACUUUAAUUUUUUGUGAUAUAAAAAAAGCCACUUACAUGUAGGACAUUAUGUAUGUAUUCAGUUAUGAUUACAUGUAAGCAUUACAUGUCUUAUUGCACAUAUGUGAAAGGAGAUUUAUGAACUGUUGGCCACAUCACGCACAUGACGACAAGCUCGAAUUUAGAUUAUUUACAUAAAUCAUGUACAUUUUUUACAUGUAUAAUACAUGUACAUUUGAAUGUGUUUCAAACAGUGCUCAUUAAAGCAGCAUGCCUCCAGAUUCAUGCUAAUUUUCAUGAAAUUUAGAAGUAAAAUAUUGUGAAGUGAACAAAGAAAGUAACUAACUAGCACUUAAAAUCCACGAAAAUUACUAAAAAGAAGUCAAAAUAUACAAAAAAAGCCCAUACUGUGUUAGUAACACAGUAGUAACACAGUAGUAACACAGUAGAAAUGUGGUGAUAAAAUCUGCUUAAUCAGUCAUUAAUUGUACUUAGUGUGUAAAUAUUUUGGACCAUCUACAUGAUCUAGGCAAUCUACAUGCAGCUUUAAAUAUAUAAAAAAAUGACUGUAUUUAUGUAAUAGAAACACAGAUAUUUAUGUAAUAGAAACAAAGAUGCUGAAAAGUACUUAUCACAGGUCAAGCUGGUAUUAUUUUUUUUUUAUGUUCUGUGAGUAAUAGUAUAGAAAAGUUGUACCUUUGGAACAAUAUGUGGUAUGCUGGAUAAAUAUUAACUAUCAUGACUUAAAUGUAGUGAUUUGGUUCUUAUAUUAGACUGUCAAGUUUUGUUGUUCACAAUUAUUUUCAUAAUUUUAAUGCAUUUGUGUUAAUUUCCAAGUGAAAAAUAAAAAAAUUAUUUUGAUUAUUAUUCUUGUAAUUGUGUCUAUAUUAUCAUUUCUGAAAUAAAAAGUGAUAAUUUUAAUGAUAAUAACAUUAAUGAUAAUGAUGAUAAUAAAUUGUAGA